GAUGAGGAAUUCAGAGAGCUCUCCACUGGGAAGACGUGUCUGCCCAAGGCCCUGCUCAACCUCAACGGGGGCCGGAAUGACACCAUCCCUCUCCUGCUGGACAUUGCUGAGAAAACGGGGAACAUGCGGGAAUUCAUCAACGCACCUUUCCGAGACGUCUACUACCGAGGCCAGACCGCCCUGCACAUUGCGAUCGAGCGGCGGUGCAAGCACUACGUGGAGCUGCUGGUGGAGAAGGGGGCCGACGUGCAUGCCCAGGCGCGGGGCCGUUUCUUCCAGCCCAAAGACGAAGGCGGCUACUUCUACUUCGGGGAGCUGCCUCUCUCUCUGGCCGCCUGCACCAACCAGCCCCACAUUGUCCAGUACCUGACGGAGAAUGCCCACAAGCAGGCCGACCUCCGGCGGCAGGACUCGCGGGGCAACACGGUGCUCCACGCCCUGGUGGCCAUUGCGGACAACACCCGCGAGAACACCAAGUUCGUCACCAAGAUGUACGACCUGCUCCUCAUUAAAUGUGCCAAACUAUUCCCGGACACCAACCUGGAAGCCUUGCUGAACAACGACGGCCUCUCGCCCCUCAUGAUGGCGGCCAAGACCGGGAAGAUAGGGAUGUUCCAGCACAUCAUCCGCCGGGAGGUGAAGGACGAGGAGGCGCGGCACCUCUCCCGCAAGUUCAGAGACUGGGCCUACGGGCCCGUCUACUCCUCCCUCUACGACUUGUCCUCCUUGGACACCUGCGGAGAGGAGGUAUCCGUGUUGGAGAUCUUGGUCUACAACAGCAAGAUUGAGAACCGCCACGAGAUGCUGGCCGUGGAGCCCAUCAAUGAGCUGCUGCGAGACAAGUGGCGCAAAUUUGGGGCCGUCUCCUUCUACAUCAGCGUGGUCUCCUACCUGUGCGCCAUGGUGAUCUUCACCUUGGUGGCCUACUACCGCCCCCUGGAGGGCACGCCCCCGUACCCCUACACGACCACCCCGGACUACCUCCGCCUGGCUGGGGAAAUCGUCACCCUCUUCACAGGAGUCCUCUUUUUCUUCACCAACGUCAAGGAUCUGUUCAUGAAGAAAUGCCCAGGCGUCAAUUCCUUCUUCAUUGAUGGCUCCUUUCAGCUACUCUACUUCAUCUACUCCGUCCUUGUCCUGGUGGCGGCUGCUCUCUACCUGGCUGGCAUCGAGGCCUACCUGGCGGUCAUGGUCUUCGCCCUGGUGCUGGGCUGGAUUAACGCCCUCUACUUCACCCGCGGCCUCAAGCUGACGGGCACCUACAGCAUCAUGAUCCAGAAGAUCCUGUUCAAGGACCUCUUCCGCUUCCUCCUGGUUUACGUCCUCUUCAUGAUUGGCUACGCCUCCGCCCUGGUCUCCCUGCUGAACCCCUGCCCCAGUGCCGAGUCCUGUCGCGGGGAGCGCUCCAACUGCACGGCGCCUGCCUACCCCUCCUGCCGGGACAGCAAGACCUUCAGCACUUUCCUGCUGGACCUCUUCAAGCUGACCAUCGGCAUGGGGGACCUGGAGAUGAUCGAGAACGCCAAGUACCCGGGGGUCUUUGUCAUCCUCCUGGUCACCUACAUCAUCCUCACCUUCGUCCUCCUGCUCAACAUGCUGAUCGCCCUCAUGGGGGAGACGGUGGGGCAGGUCUCCAAGGAGAGCAAGAAGAUCUGGAAGCUGCAGGCAGCCUCCAGACCUUCGCCCCCACCCCAAUUAUUAGCUUUAAAUCGAAACAGUGCAAGUUACAGACUUCAUCUAGAAAGGAGGCAGAAUCGCUAA